GUCACUUGCAACCACACAGUCUUAUCUCACACACACUUGUCAACAAAGGAAACGCUCUGGUUUAACUUAGCAAAACAUUCCCCGGAUUUUCAUCACACGCGUCAGUCGCUAUGGAGUCCAAACGUCCAUCCACCUCUACUGACAGCAGCAGCAGCAGCAGUACCGCCAAGAGGAGCAGGAAGACGCUGACUGUUCAGCAAAAGGUACAUGUGGAGGAUGAUUACAAUAGGGGACAGUCGUCAAAAUCUAUCAGUUCUAAAGCUGACCUGGAUGCCAUCAUUAAGGAAGGAGGUUACACGGCCAAGCAAGUUUUCAAUAUAAGCGAGACGAUUCUUUAUUGGAAAAAACUCCCUGGCAGGACCUUUAUUUCUGAGAAGGACGGGCUCACUCUCCUCUUGGGCGCUAAUGCUGAGGGAGACUACAGACUUAAACCUGCCCUGGUGUAUCACUCCGAAAAUCCACUUGGAUCGAUGGCCUGUGCAAAUGCUCUCCUUUCGUGUUAUUGGUACUCCAACCCUGAGGCCAGGAUUACUGAAAAAAUCAUCAAUGACUACUUCUUUGAUUUAGACUGUGAACUCAAGUGUUACUGCGAGAGAGAAGGUUUAGCAUUCAAGAUUCUCAUUGUUCUUGGCAUUGCUCCAAGACACCAACCUAGAAGGGAAGCUCCUUCUGACAACGUCAGGAUCUUAUUCCUCGCUGCAAACACUACAUCUUUAUUGCAGCCCUUCGACCAGGGAAUCAUCAAGACUUUUAAGUCGUAUUACCUCCGUAUAGCUGUAAAAUACCUGGUUGAGGAGGUGAAUAGAAGAAAAAAUUCUCUGUACGAUUGUUGGAAGGCGUUCAUCAUCAAUGCUGCUAUUGGCUUCAUAAAGUCGGCUUGGGAAGAGAUUCCUAGGCGUUUUUUGAAUGGCGUGUGGAAGGAACUGUGUUCCCAGUUAGUGCACGACUUCACUGGCUCCAGCAUCGAGGAGAAUGUGGAAUUGGCAAACAAUGAAACUCUGUCCAAUUUGAAAACAGUAGGCUUCACUGACGUUCAUCAUAAGGACAUUAAGAACCUCAUCGAAAUAGUAAAUGAACAGCCAAAGAAACGGUUGAUGACAAAAAAGGUGAAAGAUGCACUGAAUAAGAUCAAGGAAGGACUUCAGAUCUUAGAAGAUAAAGAUCCAAACACCGAGAGGAGUUCGAAAAUGGCAAGAAAUGUGAGGGAAAAUAUUCUAUGUUAUGAGAAAUUAAUAGAAAAGCGAGAGAAGUAAAAAAAAUGUCUCUAGAAGAGCAGGAGAAACUAGAAACGUUUGUAUCCGUAGUACUAAUGAUGAUACUGUACUGUACCCUACAUCGUUUUCACUUUAUAUAUUAUAUAUAUAUAUAAAUAUAUAUAUAUAUAUAUAUAUAUAUAUAUAUAUAUAUAUAUAUAUAUAUAUAUAUAUAUAUAUAUAUAUGAGCAGCAGGCUCAAGACUAACCAUAACAGGGAUAUCGAAGAAAAGGCAUCAUGAAGAUUUAGCAAGCUUAUUAGGCCGACGACUUUUUGCAAUACCAGAUUGCAUUUUCAAGACUGGAAAUGACGCAAAUAAGAAUAACAAAAAAGGAAGGUCAUAGGAGUUGCAAAGUUCCAUAAAUACAAAAAACAAAUGACAGAUACGAAAAUAGUAAUCUUAAUCUUAGAAGCAAGUGGGCGCCUUUUUUUCAGGAAGGAAGAUUUACAAUUACUUAAUGACUUGGCCAAGGAUGACAGCAUAGUGAUUACGUACCCAGACAGUGAUCCAAGAUGAAUUAGAUUACAUAAAUAAGAUUUUAGGUGAUAUAACGAAAUCUCAUAAAACUGAAACCUCAAACUUUUAUGAUGUUAUAAAGACUGAAGACAGAUUAAUGGAUUCCUCAGGCACCUCAAACAGAAAAGAGUUAUAGAUGACAUUACUUUUCAAAAUUUGUUUGUAACAGGGUCAUCAUAUUGGAUUAUAUAGUCUACCAAAGAUUCCCAAAGAAAAUAUUCCACUAAGACCGAUACUGUUUGCUGUAAAUACUGGCGCUUACAAGUUAGGAAAGUAUUUGGUCCCUCUUCUUGAACCCUUUACUACAAAUUCAUACUCCUUAAAGAAUUCUUUGGGUUUUAAAAACGAGAUUUCAUAAUAGGACUCCAACUUUUCUAUGGCCACCCCGUAAGGGGUUAGUGAUGUCAAUGCACUUCACGCGGUGCACUGUAGGCAUUACUGAAGUUUUUUUUUUUUUUUUUUUUUUUUUGCAGCGUCCUUUCGGCCCCUAGGUGGUGCAACCCCAUUCAUUCCUUUUACUGUAACUCCAUUCAUAUCUUUCUUCCAUCUUGUUAUCCAACUCUCGUACCAUUAUUCCAUAGUGCAACUAUGAGGUUUUCCUCCUACUCUCAAUUUCCUUUCCAGCGCUAAAUUACCUUAUAGGUCCCAUUGGCCUUUGGCCUAAUCUCUGUUACAUUUCAUUCCUUUUCUAUGGCCAGUUUCGACGUUGAGUCUCUGUUUUCCAGUGUUUCGAUAGGAGAGACAAAAAAAAAAAUUU